AUGGCAAGCAGUCACGGCAUUCCCCGCGCCGCCGUUGCAGACAAGAGCGAGCGCGACAGGGAGAAGGAGCGGAAGCACAUUGAGCAGUACAAGGCCCUCGAGGCUGCGGUCACGGAGAAGAUCCACGGCGGCGACUACUCCAACGCCACGCUCCAGCUCACCUCGCGACUCCUCAACCAGAACCCAGAGUACUAUACCAUAUGGAACCAUCGCCGCGUCCUUCUCCAACAUGUCUUCGCCACAGAGCUCGCCGCCAUAGCACAACGUGAAAUCCUGCUGGUCAUCAAGGAAGACCUGCAAUACCAGAUCCCUCUGCUGAAGCAAUGGCCGAAGUGCUACUGGAUUUGGAAUCAUCGUCGUUGGCUGCUCGUCACGGCUACGCAGCACGUGCCCGCCCACGCGACCCUCGAGCUCUGGAAAGCUGAGCUCGGUCUGGUCAGCAAGAUGUUGGCCAUGGACAGUCGCAACUUCCACGGCUGGGGCUAUCGACGUGAGGUGGUCGAGAACGUGGAGCGGCUGAGUGGCAAGAGCAUGGUUGAGGCGGAGUUUGAGUACACCACCAAAAUGAUCCAGAGCAAUCUCUCCAACUUCUCGGCUUGGCAUCAUCGUGGCCAGCUGAUACCACGAUUGCUCCAUGAGCGGAAUGCGGAUGCAGAAGCUCGGAAACAUCUGUUGGACAAGGAGCUUGAGCAGAUCACCAAUGCCUUGUACACUGAUCCCUACGAUCAGAGUCUCUGGUUCUACCAUCAGUAUUUGAUGUCUGCGCUGGACGGGAAGAAUCCCAAGGCUCCCACACUUCUGGAACACGUGACGAAUGGAGAUCGAUUGCAAUAUCUGGAACAGGAGAUUGACAGUGUCAAGGAUAUGCUAGAUGGUGCGGAGGAUUGCAAGUACAUCUACCAAGCUUUGCUGGACUAUUCAAGGCGCUAUUUGGAAAUUGAAGCUGGAAACAAGAAGGUGACGACGACGGAGAUGAAGGAGUGGUUGAAUGCAUUGAGGAAGAUCGAUCCUUUGAGAGAAGGCAGAUGGCAGGAUUUGGAGAAGAGUCUGAACCUGUGA